GAGUCGAGGUGGGAUAAAAACAGGAAAUUCUACAAAUAUUUAGAACUAGAUGAGAAAAGAUGUCCAAGUUUGGAUAGUAAAAUGGAAAUGGAAGGAGAGGAUUUAAAGAAAGUAAAACAAGAUCGUCAUUAUGCCAUGCUUAAUGACAUGCAGGAUAUGUCCAGAGACCUCCCGUGGAGCUUCCAGCAAAGGCUUCCAUACACAACGCUGUCAAACCUGGCCUCGGCCCUCCUUGACGGAACUGUCUUUGAAAUCGUGCAGUAUUUAGAAGAGAUUCAACAUAUGCAGGAAAAGAAAUUGCUGGAUCAACGGUCAAAAUUGAUUAAUUCCGUUAAAGCUCAAAAACAGGAACAAGCAAAACUCCACCAAUCUCAGUUAUUAUCUUGUCAGAAUAGACCACAUCACUUGCCAGUCGUCAAGGCAACCAAUGAAAGAGAAAAACAGGCUCUUGAUGAGAGGCUUCAAGAAGAGGUUCAAAAAUUUGAUGAGAAAAUUGUCCUUCAAUUGGACCAGCGGGCUAAUGAGCAGCAAGUCACGCUUCAGCAGAGCGGAGUUCUUGGCUUUUUCCCAACCACGAACCCACAAGAAAUCCGUCUCCAGAUGUACCUGUUAGAGUUUAUCAUCAAAUUGCGCAAUAAAUAUCAUUUAGUCACGUGACAAGAAAGAUUUAAAAUCGGUGGUAAUCAUCAUGAUUAAAGGUUGAGACCAAAGGAUUCUCUUAAAGUGAAAUAUCCAGAGAUUCGAGUCCUUAUUGGCUAGACACACAAGCUGAACAUAACCUUGUGCUAUUAAAAAUGAUAACAAAGUAUAGCUGUCUCAGAGCCACUUCAAACUAGAAUCGUUUAAAAUAUAGAAAUAUUUAAUGAAUACAAAUUAAUAUGAUUUUGCCACCUUUGCACUUUGAAUGAAAUUUAAAAAGUCGUAAUGCCAUGUUUAGUCUAAGAAGAGAAUAUACUUUUUUACCAAUAAGUUUAUGUUAAUAUUUUUUUAUGUAAAAAAUUGCCUUAUUUAUCACCUGAAAUUCGCAAUAAGUAUUAUGUAUUAUCUAUGAUAACUUUAUAGAGGCUAUUUAUUGUGUUCCUUGCAUGGACAUUAGGGAAGCACUGAAUGUGAGAGCUUGUCAGAAUAAAAAGAAAUAAUUACAUGUA